CGGCGCAGGCGCAUUUCCACGCUUUCCUGCGCUUGGCGCUGGGGUUCUGUUGUUGUUGUGUUGUUUGACAUUCAGACGCCGGCUCAACCCGGCGAAUUUUUCAUCUUGAAUCAUCAGAUCAACCAGCGUCCAAAAUGACGAUCGGUAAAAACAACAAAAUGCUGGCGCAUAUAAACUACCGAGUCCGGGUGAUCCUCCAGGACUCGCGCACAUUUAUCGGCACCUUCAAAGCGUUCGACAAGCAUAUGAACCUGAUUCUUGGAGACUGCGAAGAAUUCCGCAGAGUCAAGUCCAAGGUGGCCCGUGGCGUUGACAAAGAGGAGAAGCGGGUACUCGGCUUUGUGCUGCUGCGCGGCGAGAACAUCGUUUCCCUCACCGUUGAAGGGCCGCCACCACCAGAGGAGGGCCUUCCCAGGGUCCCCAUCCCAGGUGCCGCGCCUGGCCCAGGAAUGGGACGUGCUGCUGGACGUGGAGUUCCAGUCGGCGCAGCAACUGUUCCUGCAGGUCUGCAAGGUCCGGUUCGAGGAGUUGGUGGACCAUCACCCCAAGUUAUGGCGCCAGGUGGUGGACGAGGCGCAAUGCCACCAAUGGGUGGACCACCCAGGCCUCCAAUGAGCAGAAUGCCUCCAGGACCACCUCCAGGCAUGAUGGGCCCGCCUCCAGGAAUGAUGGGAAUGCCUCCAGGCGUGAUGGGAAGAGGAAUUCCUCCUCCUGGAAUGAGAGGCCCUCCUCCGCCAGGACCACCAAGGCCAUUCUAAGCAUUAUUCUCAGUUUGGAUGAUUGGAUGAGUGCAAGUGCAAGUUGGAGUUCAACUCUGCUUGCAACCGAUGAAAUCCAGCAAGAUUGCUGUGCUGUACAUACUUUUUUACUAUAGCUAUUAAACGCGUGGAAAUAAAUGGUUAGUCGCGUAUGAAUGUGGAAA